AUGAGCUCCAGUGUGAUCUGCAGCAGAGAGACAAUAAAAAACGUUCAGAUCGAGCCUCGCAGGAACUCCAUUCCCCCAACACGGACUCUCACUGCCAAACAUCUGCUGGCAUACCUGCCCAGACCACAGCCAGAAUCAACACGUUACACUCCUUACACAUACAAGGUCGCAGCUAAAUCCACCGUUGCCUCCAUGAUGAUUACAAAAAGAGCCUCUCUUAUCCACAACUUGAACUAUGUUAACUGCUCAUCCCUCCCACCAUCCCAGGAGGCCUCUCCUUCCCACACCCAGAAUCCCUGCAGUCAGUCCUCUCAGGCUUUGACUUUGGCUAAGCAAGAACUUCCACAAGAGCACAAUGUCCAAGAAACUCCUCUGGAACUAGUAGAAGAGAUCCCGAAGCCUCAGCGUUUGUAUCGCAGCAGACACCUCAAGCGUUUCAGCUCCAGAUGGCAAUCGAGAGGCUCCACUGGCAGCAACAACAUUCCGAUCUCUGCAAUAGAGAAGCAGCUUGGUGCAAGGAGUCACAAGAAGCGUUGUAAGCUGCUGGGUGACGAGCACUCUUUGCAUGUCACUGCCAGCAAUCAGCGCCAGCGUUAUGUCACCAAGGACGGAAAGUGUAGGGUCAAUCUGGGACCUAUUGAGGACAAGAGUCGCUUCAUCUCAGAUAUUUUCACCACAUUAGUAGACCUCAAGUAUCGCUGGUUCCUUCUUGUCUUCUCUAUGUGCUACAUUCUGACGUGGGUGGCCUUUGGUGGAAUCUACUUUUUAGGUGCCUGGUUGCGUGAUGACAUUGCACAUGUUAACGACCUACAAUGGCAGGCCUGCUUCCAAAAUGUAGACAGUUUUCUAUCAGCCCUGCUCCUGUCAUUAGAAAGCCAGAGGACUAUUGGGUACGGUUCUAGGAUGGUGACAGCUAACUGUCCUGAGGGUACUGUGCUCCUGAUGGUCCAGUCCAUCCUUGGCUCCAUUAUCGACGCUCUGAUGGUGGGGUGCAUGUUUGUUAAAAUCUCCCGGCCGCAGCAGAGAGCCCAGACGCUGAUCUUCAGCAAGCACUGUGUCAUAUGUGAGCGUGACGAGAAGCUGUGCAUGCUCUUCCGCAUUGGUGAUCUGAGAGAGAGCCACAUGGUGGAUGCUAAGAUCCGGGCCAAGCUGAUCAAGUCCAGGCAGACCAAGGAGGGCGAGUUCAUCCCCCUGGAACAGUCAGAGAUCAAUCUGGGCUACGACACCGGGGGAGACAGGCUGCUCCUGGUGGAACCCCAGACCAUCACCCACAUCAUCAAUGAAAGCAGCCCGUUCUGGGAGGUGGGGGCUGAGCGUUUGAAGAGGGAAACUUUUGAGAUCAUUGUCAUCCUGGAGGGCAUCGUAGAGGCAUCAGGUAUGACAUGCCAGGCGAGGACUUCCUACACAGAGGAUGAGAUCCUGUGGGGCCACCGAUUUGAGUCCUGCAUUUCCUUGGAGAAAGGGGCGUUUCGUGUUGACUACUCUGCUUUUGACAAAACCUUUGAGGUACAAAUGUCCCUACUGAGCGCCAAAGACAGGAGCUCAUCAAAGGAACAAGAAGACUUGUUUUAG